AUGUCUAAGAGAGGUCGUGGCGGUGCCGCCGGCAACAAGCUCAAGAUGACUCUCGGUCUGCCUGUUGGCGCCGUGAUGAACUGCUGCGACAACUCCGGUGCUCGCAACUUGUACAUCAUCUCCGUCAAGGGUAUCGGUGCCCGCCUGAACCGUCUUCCCGCUGCUGGUGUCGGAGACAUGGUCAUGGCCACCGUCAAGAAGGGAAAGCCCGAGCUCCGCAAGAAGGUGAUGCCCGCUGUCGUUGUCCGCCAGAGCAAGCCUUGGCGCCGCCCCGACGGUAUCUUCCUGUACUUCGAGGACAACGCAGGAGUUAUCGUCAACGCCAAGGGUGAGAUGAAGGGUUCCGCCAUCACCGGUCCCGUCGGAAAGGAAGCUGCUGAGCUCUGGCCCCGUAUUGCCUCCAACUCCGGUGUCGUCAUGUAA